AUGGCGUUAACCGAGUACGACAUCCAACAUGUCACUCAAAAGACCAUUAAAGGGAGUGUACUGUCUGACUAUCUUGCACAUCAGCCCUUAGAAGACUGUCAGUCUAUGCAUUUUGAAUUUCCCCAUGAAGAUAUCAUGUUCAUUAGGGAUUGCAACAUCCUUGGCCUUGAGGAAGGACCCGACCCUGGGUCCCGUUGGAGUUUGGUUUUUGAUGAAGCUUCUAACGCUCACGACAAUGGCAUUGGGGCAAUAAUCACCUCCCUAAGUGGUUUUCACCUCCCCUUCACCGCAAGGUUGUAUUUUGAAUGUACAAACAAUAUAGCAGAGUACAAGGCUUGUAUCUUCGGUAUUGAGGCUGCUAUUGAUCUUAGGAUCAAAAUCCUUAAAGUUUACGGAGAUUCAGCCUUAGUAAUUAGCCAAGUAAAAGGAGAUUGGGAUACAAGAGAUUAUAAGCUCAUCCCUUACAAGGAGCAUGUCUUGAAACUAGUCCUCUACUUUGAUGAGAUCAUAUUCCAUCACAUCCCUCAAGAGGAGAAUCAGCUGGCUGGAGCCUCGGAAACAUUGGCAUCGAUGUUAAAGGUCAAGUGGAAGAAUGAAGCACCAUCCUUUCACCUCAAUUACUUGGACGAGCCUGCCUACUAUUCGGCAGCUGAAGACGAAGCUGACGGUUAG